AGUAACUUGAGACGGAAGAGGAACAACGAAUUCACGUCGUCUGCGUGAACGUUUGGAGAACUUUUAACGUUGAAAAACAAAUUUUUUUGCACCCCAAAUCAAACACCCACGGAAUCCUCUACGGUUUCAUCUCACUUCCACAAAAAUCCAAGAUGUUUAACAGACAGACGAGCCUGUGGAUGGGUGAUUUGGACCCAUACAUGGAUGAGAACUUCAUCAAGCAGGCCUUUAGCGCUAUGGGAGAAUCGCCGUUUGGAGUCAAGAUCAUCACUCACAGGAUAACGGGUGGGUCAGCAGGAUAUUGCUUUGUGGAGCUGGCAGAUGAAGCAAGUGUCGACCGCUGUGUCCAGAGACUCAACGGAAAACUGGUUCCUGGAUCAAAUCCGCCCCGGAAGUUUAAGCUAAACUAUGCCACCUACGGCAAGCGGCCAGAGGCAGGGCCGGAGUUCUCAGUGUUUGUGGGCGACUUGGCCUCUGAGGUAGACGACUUCCAACUGCACCAAGUUUUCAAGAAGUACCUUUCCUGCAAGGGAGCCAAAGUGGUCACUGACCAGUAUGGAUACUCCAGAGGUUAUGGCUUCGUCAAGUUUGGGGAGGAGAGCGAGCAGAAGAAGGCGAUCGAGGAGUGCCAGGGGACGAUGCUGGGGGGAAAGCCACUCAGACUCAGUAUUGCUGUGGCAAAGAGCCAGAAGAUGAGUAACUACCAUGGCGGCCAGGGCCAGAACUACCAAAGCAACUACAACCAGUCCAGUUACUAUGGCAACAAUAGUGGCGGGGGUCAGGGGGGUUACUACCCUCAAUGGGGUGGCUAUGACCAGUACAGCGGCUACAACAGCAGUGGUUACAGCAGUGGCUACAACAGUGGCUACAACUACAACUACGGGCCCUACGGUUACCCCCCACCGGGCCACAUGAUGCCACCACCUCCCAUGGGGAUACCACCCAUGUCCACUGACAUGACGGGAGCCGUAGAGCAGAGCCACGUGGAGACUGAGGGUAUAGAGGAGGAUAAUGCAGAAGAGCCCAUCCCUGAUUGUGACGUGGAGCAGUGGAACAAAGAUUUUAUGCAGCGCAGCGAGGAACUCUAUGACGCCAUGAUGAACUGUCACUGGGAACCCCUGGACUCGGUUAACUCCCCAAUCCCCUCCCUCUCUUGAUAAUUCUUCUGCCCCUUCCUGAACCAUAAUUAUUUAAUUUUGUAUAAUUUUGUACUCCCCAUAAUCUGCCAACACCACAUUGACACAUUCUCUCAGUACUUGUCUAAGCCUAUCUGAAGGCUCCGAGUGCAGAUGUAUUUGUUCUUCUUCACUCAAAGCACACAAAUAUUCACUUGAUUUAAUGUUUACCAUGUUGGUAAUAUUCAAAAUGUUCAACAAUCAAUGAAGUUUCUGUGUAGUGCAUACUGUCUUUGUAUGAACCGCCCUAUAAACCAGAGCUACACACUUGGGGAUGAAGUGCUGAAGUUGCCUUCUCUGCUGGUGACUGGCAUACAGUAGCUGCAAUAUUUUAUGAUGUCACUGAGGAACAAAGCCCACUGUCAUUUACUUUUGUUCAUCUGUUAGAAUUGUGACACCAGCAAAAGCUAACUUUACUCACUGAAUACGACCCCGACUUUUGAAGAAGAGAAGCAAGUAAAAGCUAUGCCUUAAUUGUCAUUGGCCAUGUACUUUCCUCUCUAGGAGGGUCACUAGAGUUAUUAUGUAUAUACAGGAUAUCAGUCUUUCUUGUCUUAUUCAUUUUUUUAAAUGAAGGAAUUUCCCUCCAUUUUUUAAAAAAACUUUCUGAUAGAUUUAAUGAAAAUGAUCUGGGUAGUAGUUAAAGUAUGGAUAAUAUUGAGUUUAGCCAACAGUAAUCGACUACAAAAUGUAAUUUUCACUGUUUUCCAGACAAGAAGCUCAGUGUCUUUCUAUAUAAUAGACAAAUAGUUUUGAGCGCUGUGAAACUGCAUGCAGUGAUUUUGAGCUUGACAGCUGAUUUUCUGUAUCAGAUGUCAAGGCAUUUAUUUUCUGCUGUUUGAUGGCUGAUGUUUUGUAUAUAUAUUCUGGAGAUGUUUUAUCAAUAAAACAAAUGUAGAAGGAA